AGCUAAGCCCUCUACACACACGACAGAUACGCUGAUACAAGAUCCACUGGCCUCUCCUCGCUGGCAUCUGGCAUCAACACGCACCCUUUGAACACCAUGGACAACUCUUUAUUUGAUCCUGAACGUGUGUCUACACUUGAAGGAUUCGACGACGAGGAAGAUCUCUUGGGAUAUGCGGCUGCAUACGAAGAGCCUACAGACGAUGAGUCUAUUGAGAUUUAUAUUCUUGCAAAUCUUUUUCUCUUCUCCAAAACCUCAUCGACUGAGUACAUGGAAAAGGCUAUUCGUCAUGCGGAGGACUGGAUAGCCGUUACUCAAGCGGUGCACCCUGAUCGCGGACGGCGGGUUCAGAUCCUCGAUAUGCUGACGUCAAGGUUGUUGUCCCAUACAGAAGCAGGUCAAAGCAUAACGAUCAUCGUUCCAGAACUACGGUAUGUAACCUACCUCCUAUUUGCGGUGUAUGAAGCAAAGGCUAUGGCUGACAGGUGGCGUAACUAGAACGGGUCAACAGGGCUUUACUGCCAUCCAGAUGUCUCUUCACAUGCUACAACAAUGGGGAGACGCAAAUGACAUGUGGCGCGACUGCAAGGAGCAACCUGACACAGAAAGGAUAUCACAGGCAGUGGCCACAACCAAAGUCUUAAUGAGGAUGGCUGAUCCUGGAAUGGAGUUCCUAGUAGAAUGGCUGAAUGAUCUCGGAAUCUGGCUUCUGGAACGCCACGAUGUUACUCAGUCGGUAGAUGAACUGGACUUUGCUGUGGAUAUAUCUAGACUGGCGGUCGAUACUUCACGGGGUCUCACUUUAAGUAGAGCCACCUGUUCGGGCAACCUUGGCAACGUCCUCGUAAGGCGCUUCGAGCAUGGUCGACUGGUCGAUCAUCUGCAUCAAGCCGUUCAUGCGUACAGCGAAGCCGUCGAUAACACUCCUACGCAUCAUUCAAACCGUACUGUAUGGUCCGGAUUGCUUGCCCAAGCUCUGAGCAUGCGGUACGACUUAUCUCCGUCGCCCCUAGAUCUGAAUCGCGCAAUAGAGCUUUACAGCACCGCAAUCGAGUCUGCUACAUCGGAGAACGUCCCACGGAUGAAAUGGACAGAUGACCUAGCCCUGUGUCUUGGGAAACGGUUUGAGCAACGAAAAUCAAUCGACGACCUCAAUCACACAAUCGAGAUUAUCGAAGCGACAAUCGCAAUCAGCCCUCCUGACAGUCCUGAUCUUUCUACCAGACGCAUCCGUCAUGGAAUCUGGCUUGGCGAGCGAUAUGUACACAGCCAAGUAGCCAGCGAUCUCGACUGUAUGCUCGAUGACUUCGAAGAAGCAUUACGUCCUGGAAGAUCUACCAGCAGCGCCAUACAGGCCAGCGAUACCGCUCGCAUGAUGGCAUAUCUGGACGAACGUAUCAUCAAGAUGAUCUCAACCUGCAAUCAAGAUGAAAGCAUACGACUGCUCAAGCUAGCGCUUGCGGCUGGAGGCCAAGAGCAUCCCAAACAAUUAGAGCGGCUACUGGAGGUGGCAUAUAACCUUCGUGCGCGUUAUGAAACCUCUAGUUCGUUCAAGGACCUCGAGGAAUGCAUUGAAACCCAGAGACAAAGCCUCGAUCUGCUGAGCGAAGGCAAUCCACACCGUGUCAACACACUCAUUGAUCUCAGCGAUAGUCUGCAUGACAAGUACUACGCGAUAAAGUUAUUGCAAGAUAUGGAUGAUUCCAUAUCCAUCUCUCGUCAGGCGAUCGCACUGGCCUCUCUGGACCCUGGAAGCUACUCAAGUCGUGCUGGAUGGAUGUUCAAUCUUGGGAUCAGACUGCAAAUCCGGCAUGAGGAGAGCAAACGUAUAGCUGAUCUGAACGAGUCAAUUCAGCUUCUCCGUGAAGCAAUCGAGAUUACCCCGCACGAAAAUCCAGAUCGGCUUCUAAUGCUCACGCAUCUUGGAACUGGCCUGGCUCGUCGGUUUGUGGCUGAGCAAAACGAAGCCGAUUUGGAAGAAUCGAUCCAAAUGGCUCGACUAGCACUUUCCGAGAGCACAGAACACAACGAUAAAGUGAAGGCUAUGAGCAAUCUUGCCGACAGGUUGCGCGAUCGAUAUGAGCAGAAGAGAGAUUUCCCUGAUCUCCAGGAAUCAAUCAAACACGCCCAGAGAGCAGUCGACAUUAGUUCAAGCGAACACCCACACUGGGUUAGAUUAUUGGCGGGCCUGGCCAAUAGGCUCAAAGAAAGGUUUCAUCUUCUGGGAAAGAUGGAAGACAUCGACAUGGCGAUCGAAGUGGCUAGACAAGCACUCGAAGCAACCCCUUCCAAUCAUCCAGAUCGUAGCACAGCUUUUUGUAACCUCGGAAACGCGCUCCAAGCAAGGUCAACGUUUCUGGGUCUAGAGGAUACUGGUGAUAUCGAUGAGGCUGUCGAGAUGUCGCGGCAGGCGCUUGCAUCUCAUUCGAAUGAUCAUGGAGAACGUUCGACUCACCUUAUCAACCUCAGCAUUCGGCUUCUCAAUCGGCACACACGAACGGGUCAUACGAUCGAUCUUGAAGAAGCCAUCAGACUCACACGCGAAGGGUUACCAACGAUACCUCAAUCUCAUCAACACUGGCCGAGGUGGACGAGCCACCUCGGCCUUUGCCUUCUCCAUAGAUACCUGGAAAUACGAGCGACUGAAGAUCUCAAAGCUUCCAUAGAUCUCUUUCGUCAAGGCAUAAACGCUUCGUCAAAAAACGAACCUCAACGCGUCAACUGGAUGCUCAAUUUAUCGGGUAGUCUAUCUGAGAUGUACUCGAGGGAAAAGUCGUUAUGCAACAUGGAGGAAGCGAUCGAGCUGCUUCGUCGGGUGCUUAUGGCUUCAAUCUCGAAUGACGGACGUGCUGCCACCUUGAGUAAUCUUGGUAGACUUCUCAACAGCAUGUAUCGCAAGACAGGCGAGACGAUCUACCUGGAAGAAUCCACCUCCGUGACUAGGAAGGCUCUGGAUUUGACCCCAACCAAGAGUCCGAGGCGCGCUAUCUAUCUCGGAAAUCUCGCACUCGACUUGCAGCGAAGGUAUCGUAACUCGGAGAACUUGGAGGAUCUCCAGGAAGCGAUCGAAUGUGCUCGAGCAGCCCUCAAAGACUCGGCGGAUACGGAGGGGCAACCUGAAGAGACGCGGUUGACGUUCAAUCUUGGAGUAAUCUUAGGUACAAGAUCGGUGGCCACUCACAGCUGGGAUGACAUGAAGGAAGCAAUGACAUGCUUUCUUUCCACGCUGAACAAUGUCAACACCUCAACUACUCUGCGUAUUGAAAGUGGCAUUGAACUUCUCACUGCUUUGGCACACUUUAAGUACUGGGAUGAUGCAUCCAGGAUUGCGAAAGAAGUUGUGGGCCUCGCUCCCCGACUGACCGGCAAAUCGCUAGAUAACGCGGACAAGCAGCAUCUGCUGCGCAGCAUCUCAGGCUUGGCUUGUGACGCAGCCGCUAUAGCACUUCAAGCAGAGGAGUCGCCCGACACCGCUCUUGAGCUUCUCGAGGAGGGACGCGGAGUACUGGCUGCGUCUCUUUAUGAUAUGCGGACCGACACAAUAGAGUUACAAAGAGCACAUCCCAAACUGGCUGACCGUUUCGUACGGCUCCGUGAUCAGCUUCAGACUGACUCCGCAAUGGCUGCGAUCCCAUUCGGCGAUUUUCCUCCCACUGCCCCUGCUGAACAGUCAGAUCAACGUUACUAUGCCGGUACAGAGAUGGACAAUGUCAUUACGGAAAUCAGAGCUGAACCUGGUUUUGAAGGUUUUCUGAAGCCGCUCGAAUCCAGCAAGCUGAGAGAAGCGGCUAUUAGAGGCCCCAUUGCCGUCAUAAACGUCAGCAGACACCGAUGCGACGCGCUGCUAGUCGAACAACACCAAAUACGAGUUCUACCCUUACCUGCGCUUACACUUCAAGACAUCAGAAAAGCAGCAGAAACGGGAGCGCUUGGAACGUCAGAGAUACUUAACUGGCUUUGGGAAACUGUGACUUGUCCGGUUCUUGAUGACCUGGGAUUCAACAAACCCGUCGAUGGGCAUUGGCCACGGAUGUGGUGGAUUCCCACCGGUCUGUUGAGCAAAUUUCCUUUGCAUGCCGCCGGAAAACUGACACAAGAUUCCACAUGCACCGUUCUUUCCCGAGUUAUGUCUUCUUACAACUCUUCCCUGCGAUCAAUCAUCAAUGCUCGCCAACAGGAUCGUUCUAGGACGAUUUCAGCAAAGCCAGAGCGUGCUCUCGUAGUUGCCAUGCCAAUUACACCACAUCAAGGGGCGUUGCAGUUUGCAGGCGAAGAAGCAGAUCUCGUGCGCAACCUUUGCAAAUCUAUGGAAGGAGCUCCCGUCAUGAACCAGCCACGCAAGAGGGAAGUCUUAGUGGAACUACAACAGAGUAGCAUCUUCCACUUUGCAGGCCACGGUGAAACCCAUUUUGAAGAUCCCUCGCAAAGCAAUCUUCUGCUAGAUGACUGGCAGACAGAUCCACUCACGGUAGCAGAUCUGCUACGACUUGACCUUCGGGAGCAGAAACCUUUCCUUGCCUACCUGUCUGCAUGCGGCACUAGUGAGAUUCGAGUCCAACAAUUGUUUGACGAGAGCCUCCACUUAGUAAGCGCAUGUCAGCUAGCUGGAUUCCGUCACGUGAUAGGCACUCUAUGGGCUGUGAACGAUGAAAGGUGCCUCCACAUGGCUGGGGAGACCUAUGAAGAGAUACUACGGGAAGGACUGACUGACGAGUCUGUUUGCCUUGGACUUCACAAAGCCGCUUUUCAACUUCAAAGCGAGUGGCUCAGAUCGUCUCAUGCAGCUUUAGAUGGAAGCUACAACAGGGCGAAGAUGACGAGGAAAUAUGUUACGGCCCACCCAGUUGUCAACGAGACUACUUGUUCGGAUUCUAGACUUCCGAGGGAUGUCUACGCUGAUGAUAGUGACACCCAGACACCAGAACCUCUACAUUGGGUUCCGUACGUGCACUUUGGAGUGUGAAGAGCGUCUGGUAUGGCAAAGAGCGAUGUAGAUUUUCUCAGUACAUAAAUAUGCAAGGCAUCGGUGUGCUUUCUCAAAUUGUCUCCGCUUGUGUUCGGACGCGCAGGCUUGUUGCGAUCCAGUCAACAGGGAGUCCAUAGCUGUUCCUAGUCUUGCCGCUUUUAUCACUACCUCUCUCCAUAACAGCACCAAUUUUAGGAAGCUCCAAAGACCAAAAAGAGGUUGGCCGUGUGGUUAUGAAGAUCUUGAUGAUAUCAUCACAAACUUCCAACCCUUGUGGUAUCUGAAAACCCAACCGCUUUUUCCAAAGACCACUGCCCC